CGUGGAUCAAAAAAAUGGCAAUGGCAGGUAAAAAGUGAAUCCCGUGGUGGCAAAAUAUUUUGUUUACUAUUUACGACCUUUUGAUUUUCAUAACUUAGUGUUCCGUGUAAUCGUUAUCCUAUUAUUUAUAAUAAUCAGUAAAUAAAAUAAGCAACGUUUUAAUGUGCGCAGCGAAUGAAAAAACAUGUCUGAUAAUAAAAACGUCGAUAAUCAUCCUGAAAAGGAUCAAGUGGAAUCCAUUGAUACCAAUUUAGCAGUAACCAGCGAUGUGUCCAGCGUUGUGAGCAGCGUUAGAAAUGUUAAGCAUUCAACAUCAUCCGAGCGACAGAAUAAAGUGGAGAGAGCACAAAAAUGUUUAGAGAAUGCUGCACUAGUAUCUAAGCGUAUUAAAGAACAAAGAAAAGCCACAGCAGAACUAUUAGGAAGGCCAUUUGAGGAUGAUGUUACGGAUACUGCUUCAGAAAUGGCAUCCACCAUGAGUGAAAGGACAGGUUAUUCUGUAGCUACAGAUACAUCUACCACUUUGUCAGUCCAGGAUGCCUUGAACAUUCCUGGCAUUAGUGAAAGUUUAGCAAACACUUUAAAGCAAAAAGAGCUAUUAAUGGAAAGGAUAAAACAAUAUAAAGAAAUUAGUAAAAGGCCUAUGAGAAAAUCAAUGUCUGUGAAAAGAGAGCCUUCAGAUACUACGGUUGUGCAAGAAGUGAGGAAGAGUGCUGAUAAUACGGAUGUUGCAAAAUUAAUAAAUAGUGUCAAAGAAAAAGAAAAUGCUUUAAGUAUAAUGCAAGUCAAAAUUAAAGCACUUGAGACAACAAUUUUAGAUUUACAAGAAAAAAUAAAUGAAAAGGACCAAGUAAUUGAAGCUAAAAAUAAAGCAACCACUUUAAUAACUGAUAGUUUAAGCAAGAAAGAAAAAGAUACUCUAGAUUUACUCGAAGAUACUCGGCAACAGAUGACAAAAAUGCAGUCAAAUUUCAUUGCAAUGGAAACUGAAUGGAAAGACGAAAAACUGAGAUUACUCGACCAACUUAGUGAAAGAGAUGAAAAGAUAAAAAGUCUAGAGGAGGCUAACUCCAUACUAGAAAAUUCACGGUUUGAGAUCAGUGUUGCUCAUUCUAAAUUAGCCGAAGAAUUAGAUUUAAAGAAAGAGGAAAUUCUAAAACUACAAGAGCAAAUUGAAGCUUUGACUCAGAAAACCGGCGAAGAAUUGUCGACGGGGGUAUUGCACGGUGGAGAUAAAGAGUUUUCUGAGGAAAAGGGGACUAUUGAAAUAUCUACUAUGGAAGAGUUGACGAAAAAACUUGAGUUAUUAGAACAUAUAAAUUGCCAAAUGAGACAGACCAAUAAAGAUUUAGAAAAUCAACUCGUGUCUUUGAAUCUGGAGUCUAGAGAAAAAGCAACGCCAACUUCGCCGGCUAAAAGAGGUCCCACUAGUCCUCAUCCUAGUCGAAAAGGUGGAAGGAGUGCCGCUUCCAAAAGUAAAUCACCCUGGCGUGGUUUGUCAACCGACCCUGUACAACAAGAAACAGAAAAAUCAAAAGCCAAAAGCGAUACAGUCAAACAAGACAUGGUAGUGCAAUCUCUGAAUAAAGAUAUCUUAGAAAAAGAAUAUUUAUUGACACAAAAAGAUGACUUAAUAUCCAAGUUACAGUUGGAAAAUAGUGAAAAAGAAAGUGUUAUAAACAACUUGCAAGCACAAAUUGAAACAUCUAAAUGUGACACUAAUAAAGUUGACAUUGCUGUUUGUACCGAUUCGCUAGAAUCUUCUCGAGCCCACGAAACUCAGCAAGGAGAAGGCAUUGAAAAUAUACCCGAGGAUGUACAAACAUUAAAAGAAAAGUUGAAAUCGGCACAAUGUCAAAUUGAUCAGCUUAAUGAAGAGAUAGAUGCUGCAAAUAAAAAUAUGAUAAAAGUCAAAUCAAGCUAUAAAAUAAAGUUGAAACAAUUACAGAAAACCAUCGACAGCUUUAGUAAAGUAUCUGACGCGAAUGCUGAAAUUGUAAAACUUAAUGAGGAAUUGCAUCAGUUGUCACAAAAGAUAGCAGAGUUGGAAGAAGAAAAGGGAAAUCUACAGCUACAUCUAGUUGACUAUGAUAGUGGUAGAUUGACUGAUUCAGACAUUUACAAGAAAUUGGUAGAAAUGGAAACUUUAGCGGAUUCAAGGCUUAAAUCUAUAACUUUAUUGGAAACACAAAAAUUCGAGCUAGUUCAAGAACUACAUGUAUUGCAACAAAAGAACGAUGAAAUGGAAGAUAAAUUAGCGGAUAUGUCCCAACUGCAAAAUGAUCAUGUUUGCUCUGAAAUAAAAUCAGUACAAAUGGAAGAACAAAUUGAUGAAUUCAUAGCAUCUAAAAAGGAAUUAGAAAUUGUGAUAGAAAACCUAAAGUUAGAUAAAGAACAAUCAACAAACACAAUAAAAACGUUGGAGGAAGAGAAGGAAAGUUUAAUACAAAAAUUAGAAAGUUAUAUGCAAGAAAAUAUGGAAUUAACGGAUAAAUUUGAGAAAUUGAGCGCUGAAAAAGUAAGUUCUGCAGAGUCUAUUGAAAUGGUAGAAUCGUUAACUACGCAAGAGAAGUUAGAACUUGAAGAGUAUAACAGAACAAUGGCAGCUAAACAAGAUGAUAAUCACGAGUUUAAAAUAAAUGCGCCAGGUGAAACUGAUGAAAACAUUGCGGAACUAAUGAAACAAAGUGCAGAAUUAAGAGAUAAAGUUGAAUUGUUCACUCUGGAAAAACAAGAAGUUAUGGAGAAAAUGAACAACGUUUGUGCUGAAAACGAAGACUUGCAAGAAAGAAUUAAAGAACUAAAAUCACAGUGUGACAGUUUGACUAAGGACAUCGAUGUUCUAAGUGAAGAAAAAAAUACUCUUCAACUGUUAAAUGAAGAAUUAAGUAAUCAAAUCGAAGUUCUUAAACACGAAAGAAUCGAAAUUAUGAAAGAAAGUAUAGAAAUUGCAAAACCAGCUAUCAUGGAAGAAGCCACAGAAGGAGUUAGCACGGAAACCUCACAUGAUGACAAAUCGGUUAGUGAUAAAAGUAAUAGCAGAUCAAAAUCUGUCAAGCAAUUAACAAAAGAUAUUCUCAAACUUAAGGGGACUAUUAAAGAGCGAGAAGCUGAAAUUGCUGAUUGUAAGAUGAAAAUAUUAUCUUUAGAGGAACAGCAAGAAAAACAAAAAGAACUGAUGCAAAAUAAUACAGUACUUGACAACAAAGUAAAACAUUUGACAGAGGAGAACUCUCAGUUGAAACGAGAUAUAGAAAUAACACAAAAAGAUGCCGAAUCUGAACUACAGUACAAGCAGGCGCAUGAUGUUUUACAGCAAGAAAUACAAAAGAUCCAUCAAGAAUAUUCUAUGGCUAUCAAUGCACGUGACACCAGAAUAAACGAAAUGGAGAAUCUGCUAGUAGAGUAUGAGAAGCAAAUGUUUAAUUACGGGAACUCCUUACAGCAAAAGGAUAAAGAAACUGCCGAAUAUAUUAAUCAAAUAACAAAAUUGAAUGACGUUUCACAAAAAUUAAAAUCGACCAUUGAUUUACUCGAAGAAGAGAAAGCAAAAGAUCAAAAUGCUGAAUUAGUUAAAUCGCUGAAUAAAGAUAUAAUGAUUUAUGAAAAGAAACUCACAGAAUGUGAGGAAAAACUAAGGGUAUUAGAAGAAGAAAAAUCCCAAUUAUUGUCUGUUAAAAGUGGCUUGGAAGUGAAGGCUAACGACUUAGAGUUAGAAUUAAAGAACUUACAAGAGGCUUUUACAGAAAAACAAACAACAAUUAAGGAUUUGCAGGCGCAACAACAAAAACACGAUGGAGAGCUUUCGUCUGUCAUGCUGCAAGCAAAGGAACGUGACGAGGAAAUACAUGAAAUAAAACUUCAGCUUAGAAAAGAAUCUAUAGAGAACGAAAAACUAAGAAACGAAGUGUCUAAAAGAGUCAAUGAAAGUGAGGAAUUUAAAAAGCAAUGUAAUGAACUAAAACAAAAAAUAAAUGUUGUUUCCCACGACAAAGAAAAUUACAAUGAGCGCCAGACAAUUUUAGAAAACAAAAACAAAGAAUUGAUGGAAAAACUUAAGAAGUUGGCCAUUACCUUAAAAAGAAAAACAUCUUCAUAUAAUGACUUAGAACUUGAUUAUAACGAUAAGCGAAAAAAAUUGGAAGAUAAAAAUUUACAAGUCCAAGAAUUACUUUCAAAGGUUGAAGUUAUAUCACAAUUACAAGACCAAAUAAAGGACAUGGAAAAAGAAUAUGAUAAUCUACAAAACGAAAAAGUAUUGUUUCAACAAAGAUCUAGAAAUGCUGAACAGUUACAAGUAGAAAUUGAGACAUUAAAUAAAAAUCGUGCAAAUGCCAUUGAAGAAAUAUCAAAAUUGCAUACGUCACUAGACACAUCAAACAAAGAAUUGAUGAAUGCUCAGGAAGAUAACAACAACUUGAAAAAUCAAAUUUCAGCUUUAAACAAUAAAUUAGUCGAAUAUGAAAUUGAACAGAAAAAUAACAGUAAUCUUAGUACAAAAAUUGCUUCUCUUGAAAUGGAUCUAAGCCAGAAACAGACCCUUAUAAGCGAACUAUCUAUACAGUUAGAAUCACACAAAGAACAUCUUACCCAAAUUCAAUUUGGUCACGACGCUAAACUACAAGAGUGCAAUUUGUACAUUGAAAGUUUGCAAACAGAUAUAGAGAAAUAUAAAAAUCGCAUUUGCCGCUUAGAAGAAAGCAUUUCGACGAUGGAAAGCAGAAGACAUUCUUUAGAACGUAAAGCCGACCAAUUGGAUAACCAGUUACAAGAAAAACAAAAGUCUUAUACUGAAUAUACACACCAGGAAGAUGAGUUAGUUAAUCGAUUGGCGGUUCUCAUUGACCACGACAGAGUCGUUGAAAAACAGUUGCAUGUUAUAGAACAUGAAAAUAGAGAAUUGCAGCAUAAAGUUCAGCAUCUAAACGAAGAAUUGCUACGUCUCAAGAAUGCCCAUUUAGAUUUGCAGAAUAACUAUACAUACAUGCAAACCAAAGCCGCAAAAGGGGAGGCAGCAGAGUCUGACCUUGUGAUAUGUCAAAGUAAAGUUUACGAACUUGAGGCAAAUCUUAAACAUAUUACAAAUGAAUACCAAACAAUAUUAGCGCGAAAGAAGGUGGAUAUCGAAGAAUUAGAAUCAGAAUUUAAUACACAAAUUGAAAACGCUAUUAAAGAAAAGAAGAUAUUAAGUGAAAAUCAUGAAAGACUUUGUGAGCAUGUUACUCAGCUCGAAAGAAAAUUACAGGAAUACAAAGACACUAAUGUUAACCUAAAUCUUAAUUUACAAGAAAUGUCGGUCGUAAAUCAAAACUUGUUAGAAAAAAGUAACGAAAAAAAAUCACCUUCUGUCGACUAUACGGAGCAGUAUGUUAAUGAAAUAAAUAAAUUAAAUGCUGUUGUUAAUAAUAAGAAUCAACAAAUUGUAGAUCUCGAGAACAAUAUUAAGACAGUGCAUGUAAACAACGUGGCAAAAGUUUCAGAAUUAGAAAGUAGAAUAGCAGAAUUAUCAUCAAAUUUAGCCAGGUCAGAAAAGGAACUUGAUGUUAUGGCUACAGAGCUUAAGGCCCUUAAACAAAAUAAUGAACAAUUACAAAUUAUAUUGCUACAAAAAGAUGACCAGAUAAAACAAUUAACAGACAAGAGUAAAGUCUUUUUCGAAAUGACCAUACCAAAAACAGAAGGCAUGACAAUUUCCUCAACAAUUGAACAAUUGAAUUAUCAGAGCGGUGUAGAUUUAGCAGCACUUGAGUCGCAAAUUGUACCCGAGUCCUUUGUUGCCGACGUAGAGCCAUUACCCAAAAAAGUAGCUGAGAGUACUUUGGUACAAUCUUCACAUUCAGGUGGCUCGCGGUCACAUAAAGAAGUGGAAGAGCCAAUUAUAGUAGCUAAAAAAUCUUAUGAUUGUUACAAAAAAGAUGACGUGACUUCGGAAGAUCCAUUCAGUUCCCAAGAAGGUUGGGGAUUUGAAGGUGAAGAGACAGAAGAUGCUUCAGCAGGUUAUUCUUACUUAAAUGAGCAAAUCGAGAAUCUUAGAAAGGAAAAUGAGAGAUUAAAAACCGAAUUAGAAAAUACUAAUGUUAAGUUAUCUAAAGUUCUUAAAAUCUCAAAAGAACUAAAAGCAAAAAAUGAAUUGUUGUCAAACGAACUUAAAAUAUCUAAACAGCUAUCAGAUAAAUCUAUACUUGAUACUGCAAUCGAAAGUGAGCUUUCGAGUAACAUAGAAAGUUUAGAAAAACAGUUACAAGAUCUGAAUACAGAAUUCGAAAGAGAAAAACGUGAAAAAGAAGCAUUAAGAAAGCAAAAUGAAAUAUUCAAGGACGCUAAUGAUCGUUUAACGGAAAUAAAAGAAAAAUUAGAUACUGAAAUAGAAUUGUGGAAAUUCAAGUGCAACCAAGCGAAUGAAAAAGUAUCCUCACUACAAUGGACUACAGAGUCAAAGGAAUCACUUGCAGCCGAACUUCCUACGUCGCGGCAAAACCAACCUAUUAGCGAAGAAAUAAUGAAACUUGAACAAGAAAAUGAGGAACUGCAAUCAGUCAUUGACGAACUUAAUGUUGUUAAUAAGAAAUUAACUGAUCAGCGUGAUGAAUUUUCAAACGAAGUACAACGAUUACAAGAUAAAAUCCAACAAAACCGUGUAUGUGAAAAUUGUGAAAGUCUCCAAAGACAAAUAUUAAGCAACGAGGAUUCUGUCACAUCUCUAAGAAAUGAUAUUACUAAUCUUAAUAGUAAAUUAAAAGAAUUAGAAGAAUCUAAGAAAAAUACGUUAAUUGAACAUGAAGAAUUAUCUAAAUUAAACAAAGAAAAUGAAACGCAGUACGAAAUAAAAAUACAAGAGUUUCAUACUAAAAUAACUACUUUGGAGGAAGAAAUUUCUUCAAUUGCUUUAUUAAAGGCUGAAGCUGAUAAAACAAUAAAAUCUUUAGCAUCCGAAAUUGAAGGACUAAAAUCGGAAUUGUUGUUAAAAACAGAAGAAACUUCAAACAUUAAAAAUGCAUCAGAAGCUUUUGCUAUGUCUGAAAAGAUGAGUUUUAUGGAAGUUAAGUGUAACGAAUUGAGCCAUAAUUUAGAAAAUGUUAAUAGAAAAUUAUCCCACUUAGAAAAUGAAAAAUUGGAUCUAAAGCAAAUAAUAGAAGAUUAUGAAACACAAAUAGAGGAGUUGAAUUCCAAAAUAAAACAUCUUAAUACUGAAAAUGAUCAAUUACUGUCAACUGUUGCUGAGUUACGUUCAUCUGUAUCCAGCGCCGUCGAUCAACGUGGAUAUGAAAUAGCGGAAUUAUGGAAGCAGCAUUUGGCGCAAAGGGAAACUGAAUUCCAAAGGGUCGAACAUGAACUUCGAACUCAGCUUAGUGCAGCCGAAGCAAAAUAUGAGCAAUUACUCGAUAAUGUCCAAUCGUCUACUCAAGAUGAAACAAAUACCCUUAUUGCCAUGGAACAACUUAAUUCGUUACAAAGCAAGCUACAAGAAAAAAGUGAGCACUUAACUAGUCUGCAAAAUAAGUAUGCGGAUGUAAUUCAUCAGUUGGAAAUGCUGCGGUCAGAAACCGAAGAUGAGAAAUUGAUUCUUGAAAACAAGAUGCUCGUCCAACAAGAGGAAUAUGAAAAAACUAUAAAGGAACUAAUGCAAGUUAACGACACCAAAUCCGUUGAAUUGGAAAGCACAAUUAAGAUCCUAGAAUCUGAAAUAUCUACAAUCAAAAAUUCCAAUGAUAAUUUGAAUCAACAGUUACUUGAGCUACAAUCUACAUUUGAAGCUAAAAUCCAGGAGUUAGGGAGGGAAUUGCAAAUAAAAGAAAAUGAAAUUCAUCAAAAAACCCAUGACUACACCAUUGCUCUAUCACAGCGCAACGAAGAAUUUGAGAAUGUAAGGACUCAUCUGAUUGAAUAUGAAAAGAAAAUUGAGGAUUUGACUUACGAAAAAGAAGCAGAAUUGGCCGUUAUUCGGUUAAAAAUGCAUGAAACCAAAGAACAACAUGAAAAUAUUCAAAAGCAGUUAGAAGACGAGAAAAAUAGUCUAUCGGAAGCUUUAAAUGCAAAGAUAAUAGAAUGUACUAACUUAAAUAAACAGGUACAUGAUUUGAAUGUGCUUUUACAAGAACAUGCAACAAAAUCCGUUGAGAUGCAAGAGGCUUUAGAGAAUCAGGAGCUAGAAAUAAUAUCCCUAAAAGAUGAAAUAUCUAACAUGCAGGAUAUAAUGCGAUCGUCGAGUAGCAAAAUUGAAAAGCACGUAACGUUUGCUUCGGAAACAAAACAAACUGAGGAGAGCGGUAAAACAACAAGACAGUAUCACAAAGACCUGUUAGACGCCGUACCGCGGGCAGAAUUGGAUAUAGCGUUGUACAUGUUGCAUCAAAGAGACGUCCGUUGUGAAGAAUUAACUAUGGAGCUGACGCAGUUGCUGGAAGAAAGAGACACUCUUCAGUUGCGACUUUCCGAUAGCCUGCGAGCAUUGGAGGACAUUAGGGCAAAGUCUAAAGCGACAGAAAGCGUAUCUACGAGCUUCGGUCAAGAUUCCAUUUCAGAGUUACCUACCCUUACUAUUGAAAAGGAGCAACGGUUCGUAGACACACAUCGUACACAUACAUCGCGAAGUAGUAGUAUAAGUGAUUACGACGGAGAGAAACCUAAACUGCAAGCGAAGUUGUCUGAGUUGCGCAGCGUCAAGCACAGCCGCGACGUGACGCUGCGCCAAGACAGUGAACAGCGACAACUUGGCAUGCGGCUGCUGCGCCGCGACGUCGCCAACCUGCCGGCCGAGGCACUCGAGGAACUCUCACAAGCUCAUCACACUCUAUCUCGGGACUCUCAGAGCACAUCGACGGUGCUUUUGAACUGGCUGCGAGGGAAGAGCACUCCCAAAGUAGUGGACAUGUGAGCCACAGAGCACCUCUCUUCUAAACAAAACAUGUAGAUUGUCUAUACUUGUUACACAUUAUUUUAUCACCACGUAACGGUUGGACUCAUGUUUGGCAAACAUUUGUCACCAAUCGCACUUCACUUGCCAUUCAUAGUGCACCGAAAACGAAUUUAGUUCACUUUUUUUGUAUUUUUAAUUUAUUUAUGUUUUUAUUUACCCAAUUACGUCAUCACUUACGGUGAUACAAUGUUUUAUUUGCAUAUGAACGGUUUUUUAAAUCACUCGAAUUGUCUUUUUUCAAAGGAAGUCAUUUGCAAACGAUAUUUACUUUGAAUUAGGAAAUGGUCGCAUUUAAUUAUUUUUAGAAAUCCAACGAUUAAAUAAUGGUUUGUUAGUGUGAAUUAAAUAUUAGAUUUAGCUGACUUUUAGAAUUCGUGUUUGCCAUUUUGUUUUUAUUAUAUCUCGGUGCACACGAACGAACGAUAUAAAUACGAUAUCAUUCCUUUUAUUUUCGAAAACAUUUUUUUAUUGAAAUUUAAUUGAAUUUUUUAAUCUUACUAAAAUUAUAAAUGUGAAAGUUUGUAUAUUUAGGAUGCUUUUAGAAGUUAUCUCCCAAAUGUAGAACGGAUCUAUGAAAUUUGGCAUAGAUGUAGAGAAUAGUCUUGAAGAACACAGGCUACUAAAUAAGUUUUAUUUAAUCCCGCAUAGACGGAGCCACGGGCGUCAGCUAGUAAUCCAUAAUUAAAAGAUGCAUAUACUAAUGAAAUUCUAAAUUUAAAUAUUUAGGUUAUCUGUUAUCGUAACUUAAAUUCCAUUGCCGAUACAAUUCUCGAAAAUGUCUCUGUUUUUUGCAAAGAAGAAGUAAUGAACAAGCAAUGUUCAAACAAGUUUCGGUAUUGGAAACUCAAUGACAGUACAUUCAGUAUUAUUUACCCAGAACUCUAUACCAUUGCGUUCUCGCUUUACCUUUCAAUGUAUACUCUAUUAUUGUGCUUCAUACUAAUAAUUUAUUUUCAUAGUUUGACAUUUUUCUUAACCUCAAAAUUGUAACGCUCUUGUAUUUAUGUACCUUUGUUCUGUAAAUUGUUUUACGCACAAGGUCAGUUACAAUGAACUAAAACAACCAAAUUAUUCCGCUUUUUAAAAUGGCUUCCAUUUAAUGUGAAAUACUAAUUAAUCCACAUUAUUCCAAAGCCUUUAAUUAUAAGGAUAUGUUAAAAAUAACAUGAUUUUAAAUCGUGCCUUUUUGCUGUUUAAUGUAUAUUAAUUUUGAAAUAAUUAUUGCAAUGUAAUAAAUGUAUAUAAAAUGGGCACACAUAUGUGCGUCGGAUGUUCCAAAAUUGUAAAUUUUGUUUUUUUUUUUUGUCAAUAAACGUUAAUCAAUGA